AUGGAAGAGCUUCGAGUCCUCUUCGUGACGUUCCCAGGCCAAGGUCACAUCAAUCCAUCACUCCAACUGGCCAAGCGCCUCGCCGCCACGGGCCUCAAGGUCACCUUCCUCACCGCCUCCUCCGCCCUUACCCGCAUGAGCAAGGCCACCACGGCUACGCCGCCGGGCCUAACCUUCGCCGGCUUCUCCGACGGCGCCAUCGCAAGCUUUAAAACCGCCAACGACGUCAACGACUACAUGGUUGAGCUGAGGCGGCUCGGCUCCAGGGCGGUGGAGGAUAUCAUCGCCUCCGCCGCGGCGAACGGCCAGCCUUUUGUCCACGUCGUCUACACCAUUCUUCUUCCUUGGGUGGGCCAAAUCGCUCGUGAUCUUAACAUUCCGUCCACAUUUCUGUGGAUUCAGCCCGCCGCCCUUUUCGGCGUUUACUACCAUUACUUGAACGGCUACGGCGACGCCAUCAGAGAGAAUGUCGUCGACCCGUCGUGGUCCAUCCACUUACCGGGUCUGCCCCGACUCCAUAGCCGCGACCUUCCCUCUUUCAUAAAACCUUCAAACGUCUAUGACUUUGCAGUGCCGUUAGUCCAAGAGCAUCUAGAUUUUCUUGCUUCAGAAAAAAAGCCAAAAAUUCUCAUCAACACCUUUGAUGCAUUGGAACCGGAGGCACUGAAAGUCGUCGAGAACAUCAACCUGGUCACCGUCGGGCCGUUAAUCCCCUCGGCUUUCUUGGACGGGAAAGAUCCAUCCGACACUUCAUUUGGAGGAGACUUGUUUCAGAAAUCAGAAGAUCACUAUCUCGAAUGGCUGAAUUCGAAGCCGAAAGAAUCCGUUGUUUACUUGUCAUUCGGGAGCCUCUCGGUUCUAUCGAAUCGACAAACAGAGGAGAUUGCUCGGGGGCUAAUACAGAGCCGCCGGCCGUUCUUGUGGGUGAUGAGAAGAACGGAUAACGGCGAGAAGCAAGAAGACAAGCUGAGCUGCAUGGAGGAACUUGAAGAGCUUGGGAUGAUAGUACCAUGGUGCUCGCAAGUGGAGGUUCUGGAACACCCAUCAUUAGGAUGUUUCGUGAGCCAUUGCGGCUGGAAUUCAUCAUUGGAGAGCUUGGUUUCCGGCGUCCCGGUGGUGGGUUUCCCACAGUGGGCGGAUCAGUUGACGAACGGGAAGCUUAUUGAAGAUGUCUGGAAGACGGGGAUCAGAUUGACGGAAAACGAGGAAGGAAUAGUCGAAGGCGGUGAGAUCAAGAGGUGCAUAGAAAUGGCGAUGGAAGGGGAGGAGAUGAGAAGGAAUGCGAAAAAGUGGAAGGAUUUGGCUAUGGAAGCCGCCGGCGACGGCGGAUCAUCGGCCGUGAAUCUUAGGGCUUUUCUGGGUGAAAUCAAAGCUGGGGGAGCCCGAUAAUUCCUUUUUACUCCGUUAACAUUAUAAAUGAUAUAUGUAACAAUAUCAUUAGUUAUAUAUCCUAUUUUUAUUAGAAAAAAUGUUAGACAGAAAAUGUCACGGCUCUUCAUGAAUUAUAUUCUUUGAAGAGCCGUGUGACAUUAAUAUGUCUAAAAAUAUUAUAAAUUCUUGAGGAUAUUUGUGCCAUUUUAUCAUAUAUUAUUAUUUUAAAAA